UCUUUAUAAUCAAAUAACCCCUAAAUCAAUUUACAGCUCCACGGAGAAGAACAUAACGCGAUGGGCAAAAGCUUCUGUUUUCCCGUUCAAACUACCAUUGGUUCUACACCUUCCCGUAAACGCCGGAGUCCAAGACAUCCAUCAGCGCUAAUGGAAGGCGGUGCGACUUCUUUCUGUCUUUGAAACUAUAGAACGGCGAACUCUCUUCUGUCCUUGAAUUAUUGGAAUAAGAAUUGCGUGGGAUAAGACGAAGAGGCAGAAGUAUUGGCCAUGGCUCUCCAUCCUCUUCCGAAGAAGAUAAAGCUGGAGGACAACGGCGCUACUGAACCAUCGGAAAGCGACGGAGGGGAAGACCCCCUGGGGAACUCCAUUGAGGAGCAGGAGGAGGCGCUGAUUGCUCUUAUUGAGCACCGCUCCAAAGAGGUUGAGCUGCUCGGCCAGAAAGCAUCCUAUUACCAAUCCCAGGCUGAGACCGCGAAGAGGAAAUUGCAGGAGUCGCAGUUGCAGCUGGCCCGACUACGGGUCCCAUCUGGACCUGCCGGUAGCAGGCGAUCGAGGGUGGAAAGUUUCCCUCCUGUCAAUGGAGUGGAAGCCCGUCCGGAGCCCAGAGCCCAAAGCCAUUCGUCUAGACCGCCGCUUAUUAUUCCCUCGAUAAACUCCAAGUUAUCCACAACCAAAGCUCCUCCCCCUUCGGCAGUGCCUCGCAAUAAGCCCACACAUGAGGCUCCGGAGAAAUCGAAGCGGGAAACGUCGACGGUUCGCAGCUCAGAAAAGAGGAAUCUUGUUGAGAAAGAGCAUCAGGACUUGAUCCCCAGUGUACGAAAGAGUUCUUCACCGAAUACGAUUCCAUUCCAUCCAGGCACUUACAUUCAUAGCCAGCAUAAGAGGAAGCUGAGAACUCUUGUGCUCAGUCCAGUUGAUGAUCAAUUAUUGGUAACGAGUGCGCUUGAUGGUGUGGUAAAUCUAUGGCAAGUUCAGGCUAAAGGGCCAAGCGCUAAUUUGCUUAGUAGUACAGAUUGCCUCUCUCCUAAACACAGGAGAUGGCCGGAAGAUAUUGCAUGGCACCCAGAUGGAGAUAGCCUAUUUUCUGUGUACUCUGGUGAUCCUGGUGAUUGUCAGAUCUCAAUGUUGAAUCUUAGAGUGUCUGGAAAUAAAAAAGUUACAUACUGGGAAGAAAAACCUCAUAUCAAGGGCAUCAUAAACAGUAUUAAUUUUAUGCCUUGGAAUGAUAUUUGUUUUGCAACUGGUGGUAGUGACCAUGCUGUGGUCCUCUGGAGUGAGAAAAUCGAUUCCUGGAAACAUAAGGCAAUACAUCGGAACCUGCAUUCUUCUGCUGUCAUGGGAGUUGCAGGAUUGCUGCAGAAGAGGGUUAUAUUAUCUACUGGUUCAGACAAAAGGGUUAUUGGUUUUGAUCUGUUGGCUGAAAGAACUGCAUUCAAAAAUCAGAUAGAUAGCAGAUGCAUGAGUGUUCUGCCAAACCCUUGUGACUUCAACCUGUUCAUGGUUCAAACAGGGACUAUUACCAAGCAGCUACGGUUGUUCGACAUCCGGCUCAGGCAAACAGAAAUCCAUUCUUUUGGAUGGAAGCAGGAGAGCAGUGAGACUCAGUCCGCCCUUAUUAACCAAGCUUGGUCCCCUGAUGGCCUCUAUGUUUCCUCUGGUACUGUAGACCCCAUGAUUCAUAUUUUUGACAUCAGAUACAAUGGCAACAGUCCCAGCCAAUCCGUGCAAGCUCAUCAGAAGCGAGUCUUCAAAGCUAUCUGGCACCAAUCCCACCCAUUGAUGACCACAAUCUCAUCUGAUCUCAACAUAGGUUUGCACAAGUUUUCCAAGUAAAAGUUCUGUUUGCUCAUACUUCUAAGAAUUGCCUUUCUGGAAUGCUUACUGCUCAUUGUCUCAUCUGUGAGAGGAAAUUGGCUCGGAAAUUACCAUGUAACAUAUUUAGAUCCAAGCAAGUUCUUUUUUUUGUCAGCGAUGGGUUCUUUAUUAAUGUUUAGCAGUUUUGAGUUCCCAUUAUUUCUAUAUUUUGCUGGCAGUAUCCGAGGAUUAGCUCUUGAACCUGUUUGUGGAUACUACAAAAAACCUUUAUAUAUCCUGAAUGCUGUCAGAAUUUUCUUUUGGAAUUUAUAGUGAAUUUGAGAUCAUGCUUUACCUUUUCA